CGAAAAUAUGUUUGCUUAUUUUUAUAGGAUAUUAAUAAAUCAGUAAAUUAAAAAAAAUGGCGGGUCAAACAGAAACAGAAGAAGGUCAUACUGUGGAAGAACCUUUAGACUUGAUCAAAUUUAGCUUGGACGAGAAAGUUUAUGUUAAAAUGCGAAAUGAUCGAGAACUUCGCGGAAAACUACACGCCUAUGAUCAGCAUUUGAACAUGAUACUUGGUGAUGUGGAGGAGAACGUCACUACUGUGGAGAUCGAUGACGAAACUUGUGAGGAGAUUUUUAAGCAAACGAAACGCAACAUCCCAAUGUUAUUCGUCCGUGGAGAUGGGGUCAUACUAAUCUCGCCGUCACUAAGAGUCGGAUUAUAAGCUGGUUUACACUGCUGUCGUAUUCUCAUAUUGCAAGAUUUUGUUGUUUUUAUGCGUCAACGUCAAAAAUAUUUUAUGGAGUAUUUUAUAAAGACGACGUUUUUUUAAAGUUGUAGUUUCUAUGGUAACUUCAUUCGACACAUGUACAUACGAAAGAAAACCUUACGCCAUAAAA